AUGGGAUGCAAGGGGAUUGAAGAUGUCGCGAUGAACGGCAGGCUGAAGAAGGAAAUUGAAGAGAAUGGGUUCGGAAAGAUGACCGAGGUUCAGCUGAAGUGUAUACCGGAGGUGCUAAAGGGAAAGGAUGUGGUGGUCCAGUCUCCAACAGGCACUGGAAAGACUAUGGCAUUUCUUGCUCCGAUACUCAGCUGCAUAUACGACGGAAAGGGAAGAGGGAGGCCUGGUGUUACGGCCGUGGUCAUCACGCCAACCAGAGAGCUUGCUCUGCAGAUUAGGGAGGUGGCAGGCUUGUUUGAUGUGAAGUGUGAGUGCUUUAUAGGCGGGAUGAGCAUUGAAGAGGACUACAAAAGGAUGAAGGAGGAGUUCAGCAUUGCCGUUGGGACUCCUGGGAGACUCUUGGAGAUUGUGGGCAAGGAGACGAAGAAGUUUUCAUCUCUCAGCCAUCUUGUCCUAGACGAGGCAGACAAGCUCCUGGGCUUUGGAUUUGAGGAGAAGCUGAUGCAGUUGCUUGCAAAGCUUCCAAGAAACAGGGUCACAGGGCUGUUCUCUGCAACGAGAAAUGACUCUGUAGAUAAGCUCUCCCGGGUCUUCCUGCGCAAUCCUGUCAGCAUCAACGUAGGGAACAACGAAAUGCCCGUUGCUCUUGAGUAUAUUGUGGUAAGCCCUAUGGAAAAGCUGCUCGUUCUUAUGGACAUUGUGACUGGUAGAAGAUGCAUUGUCUUCUUUGCAACAUGCAGCGAGGUCGACUUUUUUUCUGGCCUGGUUUCAAGGGCCGGCUUUGGGAAUAUCUGUAAGAUACAUGGAAAGAUAUCGCAGGAUGAGCGGAACAGGGUUUACGAGGAGUUUUUUCAAAGGGAUGGGCUUCUCUUCUGUACCGACGUUGCAGCGAGGGGAAUAGACUUCAGAGGCGUGGAUUUGGUUGUGCACUUUGAUGUUCCAAAGGAAUACAGCAGCAUAGUCCAUAGAAGCGGUAGAACUGCCAGGAACGGAAGCAAGGGGGAGUCUGUCCUCUUUGUGAUGCCGAACGAAAGGGCGUAUGUCGAGUUUCUGAAGCUGAAAGGGAUUCCCGCAGUGGAAAGCAGCUACAGAAUGAAGUCCUCGCUGUCCUACCAGGACAUAAAGAGCAUGAUCAGUCCGGAACUGCUAGGUCUUUCUGUCAAGGCAUUUGUGUCGUACAUAAGGUCAUAUAAAGAGCACUUUGUGUCAUACAUACUGGACUACAAGGGCUUAGACUUCGACUCUCUGGCAGAACUCUUUUUCCUUGAGAGGAUACCAGGAAUGGCUGAGCUAAGGAAUGUGAAGUUUGAGAAGUUCACUAAGCCUGCAAGGGAUGGGAAGAAGAGAGCCUUGCCCAAGAAGAAGUACAGAAAAAAAAGAGCAAUAAAGUAG